AUGGUUGAAGCAACGAAGAAUAAGAUUGUCGGGAAUCUGGUAUCGUCAUGCUGCUUCGUAUAUAUAGGCUUCGCGUCAUUUCCAAGUGGCUGUCGAGGUGACGACGUGCUUGACAACCAACCAGCAGAUCCAUUAAACUUUAUGCUCACGUUUUCUAUCCGGCCACAGGAUCUCAUGAAGUGCGUGGCAUGGCGUCGGGCAUCGUUGCCUAUAGAUUAA